AUGGGAAAUUUUGGAACCAACAUCACGAGCACUACCAGCUUCACACUAACAGGCUUCCCAGAGGUGGAGGGACUGGAGCACUGGUUAGCUGCCUUCCUCUUGCUGCUUUAUGCUAUCUCCAUCCUGGGCAACAUCCUCAUUCUCUUCAUCAUAAAGGAGGAGCAGAGUUUGCACCAGCCAAUGUACUACUUCCUGUCUCUGCUGUCUGUCAAUGACCUGGGUGUGUCCUUUUCUACGUUGCCUACGAUACUGGCUACUUUGUGCUUUCAUGUACCAGAGACUGCCUUUGAUGCCUGCCUGACCCAGAUGUUCUUCAUCCACUUUUUCUCCUGGACAGAGUCUGGGAUCUUGCUGGCCAUGAGUGUUGACCGCUAUGUGGCCAUCUGUAACCCCCUGCAUUAUUCUACAGUGCUCACUGACACCCGUGUGGCUCACAUGGGCAUAUCCAUCAUCAUCCGCAGCUUCUGCAUGGUCUUCCCAUUGCCUUUCCUUCUGAAGAGGCUGCCCUUCUGUAAAGACAACAUGCUGACCCAUUCCUACUGCUUGCAUCCAGACCUGAUCCGCCUGCCCCGUGGAGAUACCACCAUCAACAGCACGUAUGGCCUGUUCAUUGUCAUCUCUGCUUUUGGGGUAGACUCAGUGCUCAUCCUCCUCUCCUAUGCACUCAUACUGCACUCUGUGCUGGCCAUUGCCUCCCAGGAGGAGAGGCUGAAGACACUCAACACAUGUGUGUCACACAUCUGUGCUGUACUCAUUUUCUAUGUGCCCAUGGUUAGUGUGUCCAUGGUCCAUCGAUUCGGGAAGCAUGCCCCUGAGUAUGUGCACAAGUUCAUGUCCCUGGUAUAUCUCUUUGUGCCUCCAAUGCUCAACCCAAUUAUCUAUUCCAUCAAGACUAAGGAGAUUCGUAAGAAGCUACACAAGAUAUUAUUGGGGACUAGGUACUGA